GACGACAUCAAACAAAACAUCGAGUUUAAUUGAUAUUCGCGAACAACGCGUUCACGAGUCGAGAUGUUGAGCAUUUCGUGUUUUUGACUCUAUACUAUACUGGGAACACAUCAAUACUUGCAACUUUGCGUCCAUCCCGAGGCUUGACUCGCAUAAUUCUUGGAGAUCCGGGUUUCCACCAUUCAUCUUACAGCAUCUCGUGUGGUGCACAUUCGAGUCCCUUCAUUCGUCGUCAACAUUGUUCACGAGAGUUCUUCAAAGGACAUCUCGCUCAACACAAUGCAACAGUCUCAGUUAGACCCCCUGCCGGCCGAUCUGCCCUUCAAGAUAAUAUCAAAAACUAUCGGAAGAGGAGCCUAUGCAUCAAUUAAGAAGGCAAUACCUUUGGAUGCACCAUCGCCGGUUUUCGCGGUCAAGUUGAUACACAAGGGCUACGCAACCAAACAUGGCCGAAUAUCCGCCAAGCAGAUCGCAAUGGAAGUUUCGUUGCACUCGCACAUUGGACAGCAUCCCAACGUGAUCGAAUGGUUUGCGACAGGCGAGGAUGACGUGUGGAGAUGGAUCGCCAUGGAAUAUGCAGAGGGUGGUGACCUAUUCGACAAGAUCGAGGCCGAUGUGGGAGUGACCGAGAACAUCGCGCAUCUCUACUUCUUGCAGCUGAUAAGCGGCGUGAGCUUCAUGCACUCCAAAGGUGUUGCGCAUCGAGAUCUCAAGCCCGAGAACAUCUUGAUGUCGGAGAGCGGAAACCUCAAGCUCGCGGACUUCGGGAUGGCGACUAUGUUUGAGUACAAGGGCCAGCGAAAGCUGAGCACCACUAUGUGUGGGAGCCCGCCGUAUAUCGCGCCCGAGGUUUUGGCAUGCGCCCGAGCGACCGGGACGAAGACGCCUCAGGCGGGGAAAUACUCAGCAGAUCUUGUGGACGUCUGGUCUUGCGGUGUUAUCCUGUUUGUCUUGCUUGUUGGAAACACGCCCUGGGAUGAGCCAACGGCAGGCAGCUGGGAAUUUCAGGAGUAUGUGAAAAUGAAUGGUCGCAGCACAGACAAGCUCUGGCAGAGGAUACCAGCGGAUGCGUUAUCCUUGUUGCGAGGCAUGAUGAGCGUCGAGAGCAAGAAGCGUUUUUCAUUUGCUCAGAUCCGACAGCACCCUUGGUACACGCGCAAGAACCGAUUCCUGCGGGAGGACGGCCAAGUAGCAGAUCCCCUGAAUCUUGCAACUCAGAUGCUCGAGAAUCUCCACAUCGACUUCAGCCAACAGCCGACCUCAUCACAACGGCAAUCACAACAUUCGACCGAUCCUAUGGACAUCGAUACCCCUAUGAUCUCAGCAACACAACCUGAAACCCCCAUCAACGAUGUCCUCUUCGACUGGGAACGCCCCGCCAUCCGCUCCUUGGGGGCCCUCGCCAUUUCCUCCACCCAGCCCGUCUCACGCGCAGACGUCGGCAUAUACCCCCCAACCCAAUCCGCGGCCUUCCUUCAAGCCCUCGCCGAGGAACCCACAAUGUCCCAAUUUUCCCAAGUCCCGGGCGUACCCCUGACUCUGACCCAACGCGCGCAGCGCUUCCGGGACAUCAUGCCCGCGCACUCGUUCUCGCGCUUCUUCUCACACAUGCCACCACAGCUACUGGUGCAGAUGCUCAGCGACGCCUUGCACAACCUAAACGUGCCAUUGCCGGCGCAACCGCCGUACAUAGGCCAGGGAGAUCACGUAGCGACACUCAAGGUGAAGACGGCUGAUAGUCGAAGGCAGAGCUUGCACGGCGAUAUUGUGGUCGACAAGUAUUACCUGCCCGAAUUGCAGGAGCUGCUCGAGGUCCGGUUCGUCAAGGUUAAGGGGGAUCCUUUGGAGUGGAGGCGGUUCUUCAAGAACGUGGCGCUGCUUUGCAAAGAUGGGGUUUAUCGACCAGAGGCUGAAGCUGAGAAGGUGGCGACGGUGUGAUGAUGAUACGAGACCUGAUUGGCCCCUUUUUUCUUUCUCAUGGAUUACCUGCUUUCGCGGAUUACGAUUUCAAACUUCUUCCAUGAGCGGUUGGGGAUUGAUGUGGAAGGCGUAGAUUAAUGUGUACACUAGAGUUGUACUUGGAGCCAGAAUGGAUUCGGUGAUGCUUUGUAUAUAUGGACAGCAGGAGGAGCAAGUUGUGUUGCGCAAUGUUUUCUAGACUGCGCGGUUGUAUUAUAACCUUAAACUACUAAAUAAUUGCGUUGUGGUCUAUUAAAGCUAGCGAACGUAAAAUCUGAG